AUGGCGAACGAGGACGAGGAGGAGCGGUUCUUCGACUCCGUUGCGGCUCAAAAUGCAACCGAGCCCACUGACGCGAUUCAGCGUAUGCAGCUAACGCGGGACGACACCGCGCAGCGAAUAGAGAGGAGAGCUGGUGUUAUUGCGCCUGCAACUAGCAACGCUCAUCCUCCUGCGACUCAAGGUGGUGCAAUAGCAACCGUUACGCGUUCCGGUAACACAAACGAGGUUUCGCGGGUCGCGAAAUCACAACACCGUCGCUCGUACCAGGAGACUAUACCAGCCAUUCCAGCCAUUCCGGCAAGAUACCUGAAACAAGGGUCGCGAGCAUCUACCAACGUCAUCUCGAGAGCUAAUACUGGGGACGGAGGCCAGCACAAGGAAGUUUCGCGUGAAGAAUCCAUAGCUAUCUGGACGGCAGCAGAUAACGAGCCACAAAGAGGACGGACGGGACAGCCUGCGAACGAAGCGAGGCGCGUUGCGCACCGGGAGUCCAGCCAACUACCAACCACACCCCAUGCGAAGGACCGAGUAGAACGGGCGAGGAGUGUUGCGUCUCUGCGCGAUCGCAGUACCGCAAGGGCGCGUCAAAAGUCUCUCCAAGCUCUGACGGGCGGUAUUGGAGCUGGGACUGGGUCGGCGCAUAAGCGAGAACGCGCCCAAGAAGAUACAGGCACGGAGGACAUGGCACGCACCGGGCGAGCCAGAAAUGAGGACUUGUUCUUGGAGCUCGCACAUGAUGACCAGGAAGAAGAAGACGCGCCAAGGCCCAUAAGCCGCGGUGAACGCGCCAUGAGCAGGUUGUCGCAAGUAGCGAAGCGACGCUCGCUGCCUGCCGAGUCAAUCUUGACUUCAUCUGCUGAACGACGGCCUAAGUCUAGCGGGACCGUCUUCCCACGGUCUGCCUCACGUUUAGAGGCAUUACAGAACCAUGCUAAUCAAUAUCGAUCUUCCGACGAGCGUACAUCAUUGCCACCGGUUGACACAAUGAGUGUUUCGGGCAGAUCAGUCUCUGCACGUGCUAAACGCUACUCAAACGCGCAUGCCACAGUGCUUUCCGCCGGUACAGAGGACAUGCCAUCAUCAGACAUGCCAUCCUUCGGACGAAGACGACCAUCAUAUGGAUCACAAGCCUUGCAUAAUCAGACUCACAACAACAGGACGCAGCACCAUCAGGGCAACUCACCUGCUGACAGUUCAGAGGCAAAGAAGUCGAACGGUGCUUCCACCAACUCCGUCGAUUCUGACACCGCAGACACAGUAUGGGAUGAGCUGGACGAACUGAAGUCACGUAUCAAGAAGUUAGAGUUCACUGGCAAAAUACCUCCCACGUCAGGUGCUGCCAUCUCGGGCUCAUCGAGCGAGCGGCCUAGAACGGCUACUACCGCACCCACGACCAUCGAUUCUUCACCAAAAGUGGAGCGUAAAUCAGAGCCUGAGAUAAGGCCGAUGCAGCGCCAGAACGAGAACACUACUGGAGGACCCGCUGCUGCCAACAUCCAUCCUUUGUUGCACUCUGCUCUAGCAAAAGCAAAGCCACUAUUGAAUGCUCUGCUAUACAGAAGCCUCGAAGCAACUGCAGCAGAUGCACUACAACUAGCUGCUCUAUCAGGGAGUGCUGGACCACAGGGAACCACGUUCUCAGCAGCAUCCAUCAUCAACGGACUCACUGUCUCGGAUCGUCAUGUCCGACGGAAGGCCGAUUCGAUGUGUCGUAAUCUCACGGAUCUCACGCUAGCGCUGUGCGAAGGCAAGCACGAAGCAAUUAGCAUCACUGCAUCACCAAUAACAUUCGACCCGGUUCGGGGCUCACCAAUGAUUCGAUACUCGCGUAACAGCAUCGGACGUGACGAGAGCGUUGACAGAGGUAUCAGCCGGAGUCGCAGUCGACCACUGAGCAGACUCGAAGCUCGGCGUUCUAGCAUACUCGGCAUCGGCGCCGGCAGCAGUAUCAACGGUGACACUUCCCAUGAAAGCGCGGAAGAGGGGCCAGACUCGACACCUCCGCAUACUCAGCCGCAGCUUAGACGACUGAGUAGAGCUAGCAGCCGGCUCUUGAAUGUACGUGCACCACACUACGACGAAGUGAGUGGCGACGAGGAUCCGACCGUCCGACCGCCAUCUCGAGCUAUGACCGAUAUUGGCGGGUUUCGUAGCAAGAUCCAUUCAUCCCGUGAAUACAACUCGCCAGGACAAGAUUCGUCACCAAGCUUCAGAGAUGCCUUGGCAGCGAGGCGCACGAAUGGGAGUGCCUUUGAGUCUAAUCGAGAAUUGACUCGUGUGGCAUCGCUUCAUACGAAUUCGGACCGAAGACGAUGGACGAAAGAAUCCACGCCGCCUGUGCUUGAGGAGGAAACGAACGACCAAGGCGAAUAUACACCUUCCUCGCAACCACGGCGGAGAAUCACGUCAUUAGGUCAAUUUGGCUCCAGACGUGCCGCAGAGCACUCCAAUCGUGCGGCGAGCUUGAGUCAGAGGAGGCACAUUGCUGUGGCGGAGUGA